AUGAGGAGUUUCAGGUGGGAGACAAGGUGUUGCUUAGAGUUCUCCUAUGAAAGGAGUUAUGAGAUUGGGAAGAAGGGCAAGUUGAACCCUAAGUUCAUUGGCUCAUACGAGAUUCUGGAGAGGAUAGGAGAGGUUGCUUAUAAAUUAACAUUGCCACCAGGUGUUGAUCGUGUGAAUAAUGUAUUCCAUGUUUCUCAAUUACGACGAUAUAUUAGCGCCCCGUCUCAUGUGUUAGAACCCAAGUCUCUACAGCUAGAUGAUAACAUGACCUAUGAAGAGUUUCCAGUUAAGAUUCUAGAUCAUAAAGUUCGAAAGACUCGUAGAGGUGAGACAAAGAUUGUGAAAGUAUUGUGGUCAAACCAUAACUCGAAGGACGCUACUUGGGAAGCUGAGGAUGUCAUGCAUCUUAAGUAUCCUCAUCUCUUCACCUAG